AUGGCACUUACCUUCAAUUCAACCCCCCACCAGUUCACACGCUGCAUCGCCUCCCAGCUCAUCAAGUGGUUCAGUAACUUCCGGGAGUUCUACUACAUCCAGAUAGAGAAGUUUGCACGCCACGCCGUCGCGGCCCACCCGGGGGCGCUGUCUGUGGGGAGAGAGUCGCAACUUUUCAGAGCGCUCAACGUGCACUACAACAAAAGCGGCGACUUCCAGGUCCCCAAUGGCUUCCUCCAAGUGGCCGAGAUGACACUGCGCCAAUUCUACGCUGCCAUUUCCACGGGCAGGGACCGAAAUCCGUCUUGGAAGAAGGCCAUCUACAAGGUGAUCUGUAAGAUGGACGCCGACGUUCCAGCGCAUUUCAAGACUUUUGGAUGAGGACCGACUGGCGCAAGACGCGGGCUUCUUUUUGCCUUUGUCAGUCGGCGCUUUCAAUUGGGAACACCAAGAAGUAACUGCAAUACUGGAACAUUUGGGUGGCUCAAAACAUGCCUCAAAAGCUGCAAUCCCCAAAACUUCCAGCGGACUGGGAAGAAAACUGUAGUUUUGUACAAUACGCCGUCGACAGAUUUGGGUCCUGAAUGAAGCAAAAUGUGCUUCAUUCAAUUACAUUUUUAGUUCCGCGGAACAACAUCCCAAGACGUUGACUCGACUCAACCAAAACAAAAGGAAGACCCAAAGUCAGCGCUUGUUGAACAUUUAAUGACACUUGUCAAAAUGGCCAUCGGAGAAAUUUUCUUCAUCGGUCUGAGUUCAUACUUCCGCAUGCUUUUAUCAAAAUCUGCCACAGUCUUCCCAAUCUAAAGGUCGUCACAAAUAUCUUGGCAGAAAGUCUUCAUCAUCUUUGGAACAAUGGAAGAAACCCCGCCAAGUGACGACGUUGUCGGUUGGGCUUCGCCGAGAUUCUCUUGCGCUUCUUUCGAAUAGAUUUCAAAAGGCAAUAAAAGCAUCCCGACAAUUGCUGAAGAAAGAAAAAUUGGGCAAUUCGCAUGUUGGAAACGGGCUUUCCAGCAGUGUCAAAUUUAUUGGAAGGGUUCGUUGUUACAAGAGUGGAAUCUACAAAAACCAAAAAGCAGAAGCCUCGAGUACAUUUUCUCCUUCAUACUCACCAGGAUCCUUGGAUUCCACACGUUUCCGCUUCUGUUCUGGUCUUUUGGUCCCGACAGACGAUCCUCGGCUUGACUUCAGAGUGACGUUCCGACAAAAACGACGAGACGCAAGAAAGAACAUCCCAACAAGUUCCUCGGGGACGGAAAUGAUUUCCUCCUCAUAAAAAGCGUCCGGGCGACGGGGAGACUUCGCUUUUCCGACUCCCGUGUACAACCUCACUGUUCAAGCGUGAAGACGACGGGCGUGC